CAGAAAUAGACAGUUCAUCAAAGAGUUUCCAAAGAAGAGGAGUCAUUUCUUCCUAAACAUAAUGGCGAAAGAUUCUGAAAAAGGGAAAUAUUCCUCUCCUGAGGGGUCCCGCACUUGGCAAUAUUUCGCCGCCGCGACGUGUGCUAUCGGAAAUUUCAAUGUCGGUACGCACGUGGGCUGGAACGCACCAACUCUCAUGGAACUCAUUAGUCCAAAUUCAAGGAUUCCCAUAACUAUGCAAGAAAUCUCAUCUUUGGCUGCGAGCUUGUCGAUCGGAAUGAUGUUGGCUCCGUUGUUCAGCGUUUUCACAGUCGAUAGUAUCGGCAGAAGAAAAACAAUACUUUUGUGCGGACUCCCUGCAACCAUAAGCUGGAUGUGCUUAGCCGUCGCUACAAAGGCUAUCGUUCUGAUAGUGGCGAGAGUGAUCGCCGGGAUUUCGAUGGGUAUGGCGAUGUACACGUUUUCAAUUUAUCAAGGUGAAGUUCUCUCGGUGACAUUACGAGGUGCCUUGGGACCGAUCAAUUCACUCGCUUAUUACGCUGGAAUAUUUUGUGUUUCCAUACUAUCACCGUCGAUCGGAAUUCAGAGAAUGGCCGCGACUUGUUGCGUAUCGGCUCUGGUUCUCACAAUAGCGAUUUGGUUCGUUCCCGAAUCACCGUAUUUCUUCAUAAUGCUUCAAAGGGUUGACGAGGCUGAACGAGCCCUCGAAAAGCUACUGGGAAAAAUUGACGUCAAGGAUGAACUUGAAUUGAUCGUGAUUACUAUUGAGGAAAAGGGAAGAUCCAUUUUGAAAUCUUCACUUCCGGAGAAAAGCUGCGAAACCGAGCCGAACUCGUUGAAGAAGCUCUUCACUAUACGCGGGAACGUCAAGUCGUUCCUCAUUAGCCUGAAUCUGGCGCUUCUGUCGCACUUUUGCGGUUUAUCGUCGAUUGUUUCCUACGGCCCCGUUAUAUUCAAAGCCAUGGGCGUUCAACUGGAUCCUUACCGGAUAUCAACGAUAUUCGCUCUACUCCAGCUGAUAACUUCGUUGGUACCGAUAUUCGUUGUCGAAAAAUUCGGCCGCAGAGUCCUCCUGUUCACCUCGGCGAGUUUGAUGAGUAUCUUCCUGCUGAUAAUAGCGACCUUUUUCUACCUGAUGGAGUACACGAAUUUCAAUGUCAAGGAAUACCAGAUCGUCCCACUCUGCACGAUAGCUAUGUUCACCAUGGCGGUGAAUUUGGGCAUUGCACCGAUACCCGGGAUCAUAAACAGCGAAAUAUUCGCACCCGACAUCAAGGCGCUUUCCACUUGUAUCCUGAGUAUCUUGGGCGGACUGAUGGGUGCCGUGUGCGCCAAAUUCUAUCUGCUGCUGGCCACUACUUGGGGACUCGGACAUUGCGUACCGUUCUACAUUUACGCGCUCAUCACUUUGUCCACUACAGCGAUGCUCUCCAAAAUGCUCCCGGAGACGAGAGGAAAGACUUUGUUGGAAAUUCAGAGGGAACUUAACUCGUGAUUCAAUGAAUUUCAUAAGGUGCCCAGUGAAAUAUCACACCGUGAGAUAGCGAAAGACUGCAGCAAACGUCAUUGUACGAAGGACACGAUUCGAAAAACUAUCGUUGACCGUAACGUCGAUGAUACAGUGCCGUGCAAAUAUUCGGACACAGAAUUAAAAUAUCGAAUUUACCGAACUCGAAAACUUCACUGCGAAAGUGCGUACGCUACACCAAUUUUUUUUUGUUUCCCGAUUCUACUUUUUUUUUUUUGACGUUGAUUGAAAGCCUAUCGAACGGCGUCGAAUAAAAGUGCUCAUUAGGAAGCAGGAAAACCUUGUUUCGAAUAGAAACUUAUACACGUGUGUUUUCAUAAGUGUUCGAGUUCGUGAUAAUUGGGGUUUUUUAUUCGUACGAUAACGUUUUCUAAUCUAAGAGAAUAACAUGUACCUAUAAUUAAUUUACCUACAAUGUAUAACUAUUUAAAUAAUCAAUCAAUCGUCCAACGAA